AUGCUCACAAUUCAAGAUUACUAUGUUUCCUUGUUUCCGAAUUAUCAUCCCUCUAGAGUGCUUAGUCUUGUAUAUCAACCCUUUGCAUUUGGAACACUAGCAAUACUAGCUUAUAACGAGGCGAAAAUCAAUACAAGGCAGCGGAAUCUAUUCGGAUACACGCUUUUUGUCUUCGGCGUUUUGGCUGUGUUAAUUGUAAAUCCUGUCCGUUUGUUUUUGGAUUUAGCAACGUCGGGUAAAGGAGGGAUUGGAACUUACAUUGGUAUAUGUAUAGUUAGUGGUGUGUUUGGAAUAGCAGAUGCUCAUGCACAAGGUGGAAUGGUUGGAGAUUUGUCCUACAUGCAUCCCGAACUUCUUCAGUCUUUCCUUGCUGGUGAAGCAGCAUCGGGCGCGCUAACAUCUGGUUUGAGGUUGAUUACAAAAGCUGCAUUUGAAAAUUCUCAGAACGGUCUUCGCAAAGGAGCAAUUCUGUUCUUUUCUAUAUCAACAUUCUUUGUGGUUCUUUGUCUUGUUCUCUAUGGAUUUGUGUUUCCUAAAUUACCAAUUGUCAAGUACUACCGAUCAAAAGCAGCAUCCGAAGGGUCCAAAACGGUUUCAUCUGACCUUGCUGCAGCCGGCAUCCGUUCUGAAACCGAAGAAUCAAGACAAUUUGAGCGCAAAGAAAAUAAAGAAUUGUUAUUGGAAAACAUUGAUUAUGCACUUAAUUUGUUUACGAUAUAUGUGUUGACAUUGUCUAUAUUUCCUGGAUUCUUAUCUGAAGAUACCGGAAAACACAGUUUAGGCACAUGGUAUGCUCUUGUUCUAAUAACUAUGUACAAUGUGUCGGAUCUUAUAGGAAGAUACAUUCCACUGAUUAAAAUCCUGAAGUUGGAGUCGAGAAAGCUGAUCACUACAGCAUCCGUUUCUCGGUUUUUAUUUAUUCCUGCAUUCUAUUUCACUGCAAAAUAUGGUACUCAGGGUUGGAUGAUAAUGUUGACAUCUUUGUUGGGAUUGUCAAACGGUUACCUCACUGUUUGUGUUUUCACUUCUGCACCAAAAGGUUACAAGGGACCUGAACAAAAUGCGUUGGGAAAUCUCUUGGUAUUGUUUAUUCUUGGAGGUAUUUUUGCUGGGGUAACACUUGACUGGUUGUGGUUAAUAGGCAAAGGAUGGUGA